CUACAGAGGAGAGUUGGCUGUGAGGUGGAGAAACGUCCAGAUGGAUCAGUGAUGCAUGUGAAUGCAUUUGAGGAGUACGGAUAUGAUGGACUGGAUUUUAUUGCCUUUAAUCAUUACACAUUGCAGUGGAUUGAUAAAAGUCCAAAGGCAAAAGAAACCAAAAUGAAAUGGGACGCUGACAGAUUUCGCAAUAAGCUUCUCCAGUUAUACCUCAACAACUGCAUGGACUGGAUCUCUACAUUUAAUGCUUCGAAAAACACUCCUCCAGUUCUUCACAUGUUUGCAUCUGCAGCUCCUCGUGACCAAAGCGAGCUGAUUCUGACCUGUCUGGCCACUGGCUUCUACCCCAAACACAUAGAGAUGAACAUCACACUAAACAACAUCACACUCCAUCCCUUCAGCUCUACUGGAGUCAGACCUAAUGAUGAUCAAACCUUUCAAAUAAGAACCAGUGUGAAGAUACACAGAGAUGAGAAACGGGGUUAUGAGUGUCGUGUCCUGCAAAGCAAUCGGACAUUUACAAUAUCAUGGGAUGGAAGUCUGGAAUCUAGAAAUCAUCAUUGGGCAGCAGUAGCUGCAGGUGCUUUUGCGAUUGAAGUUCUAUGCAUCAUGUCUUUAUUCUACAAAAACAGAAGGUUCAAUGGCCAGAUGAACCGCAGUAGUUCCACCACAGAACAGCGUGAGAACAUCACCUCAAGCUCAGCGGAUCCCCUGACUGCAAGUGAUUCACAUGAGAGCAUUGAACCAGAUACUGCACAAACACAAAAAACUGUUCAUUAAGCUCAUUCAUUUUUAACUUUAUUUUUCAUUAGGAUUACAGGCCAACCUAAAAUUUACACAAGAAAUUAUAUAGAACUUUUUAACAGUAAUACAUA